AUGUCAUUGAAUUUCAGAAACGCGGCCUUCCCCACUGUCACUUGCUUCUCUGGGUUGACAAACGUGACGUCCCAACGACAGGAGAAAGACAAUGACUUGACCAUCUGCGCAGAAAUACCAGACAAGAGAACCCAUCCUCGCCUCUAUGAAAUUGUCAUGUCCCACAUGAUUCAUGGACCUUGCGGAGCCAUCAACAAGAAUUCCCCCUGUAUGGACGGUGAUAAGUGCGCCAAAAAGUUUCCCAAGGCAUUCUGUGAAGAAACUAUCGUCAACGACAACGGCUACCCAACUUACAGAAGAAGAGAUACAGGAGUGACGCAUCGUUUGAAAAGAGGGCAAUCGGACUUUGAGGUAGAUAACCGUUGGGUCAACCCUUAUAACCCUUGGUUGUCACUCAAGUACGAUUCGCACAUCAACCUCGAAUACUACACUUUGAUCUUCUGCAUUAAGUACAUCUUCAAGUAUGUUCACAAGGGUUACGACUGCGUGCUAACGGACAACAAAGUAGGAACGUACCAAGAGCAGCAAGAGGCAGGACCUGAAGGCGACGUACCGACAGUUGUCUACGACGAAAUCACGAGCCAUUUGGAUGCCAGUCUCGUUAGUGCGCCUGAAGCCACCUGGCGAAUCUUAAAGUUCCUUCUCACUGACCGUUCUCACUCCAUUAGCCGACUGGCUGUUCAUUUGCCUGGGGGACAAUCCGUCUUUUUUUCAAACGGGCAACGAAGAGCAAGCAGUCAUCAACGCCGCAACAAGGAACACUACUCUUACUGCGUGUUUCAAGUUGAACGAGCAACAAGAGGCGCCAGGCAGUAUUUCUAUCGGGAAAUUCCCCAUCACUACCUGUUUGACAAGCAAUUGCAAAAGUGGAAUCCCAGGAAGAAGAGAGCGAAAAUCAUCGGCCGGCAGUACACGGUGAGCGUCAAACAAGUUGAACGGUAUUGUCUUCGAAUGCUUCUCAUCAACGUUAAGGGUGCAACCAGUUUCGAACAUUUACGGACCGUCGACGACAUUGUCUAUCCCACCUUUAAAGCUGCAGCCAUUGCAUUUAAUUUGCUAGAGGACGACAGAGCUUGGGAAAAGACGUUGGAAGAAGCGGCCACUUUCCAAAUGCCUGUUCAGUUGAGGCAGCUCUUUGUCGACAUUUGUCUCUAUUGCAACCCGACCAACGCUCUGCAACUUUUUGAACUCAAUCUUCCUCAUCUCAUGGAAGACUAUGUCCGAAGCGGUCACGAAGAAGAAGUUGCAAAGAACUUGACGUUAAAGUGGAUACAGGACAAGUUGCUUCUCAACAAUCAACUGACGGAAAAUUUCUCUUUGCCAGUUCCCGAUUUCCAUCUCAUCAACCAGCUCAUCCAAGCUCAGAUUGCAGCCGACAAUGAAGUCGACACGCAUGAAAAGCGAUUGUUGGGGCAAAUGAUGUUGGAAAAACUCAACGAUGGUCAACGAGCAGCCUUUGACCUAAUCAUGGCCUCUAUCGAAGACACCAAUCAGCCACGACUAUUUUUCCUCGACGGCCCAGGUGGAACGGGUAAGAUGUUCCUCUACAACACCCUCAUCACCGUUCUCCAAGGUCAAGGGAAAUCAGUCGUUGCAGUAGCUUCUACAGGCAUUGCUUCCACUCUGCUGAGCAAUGGUUCAACAUCUAAAAUUGAAGAAAGCAACUUCAGUGCCAAGAUAAUCAGAGAAGAAAGUCUCAACAUCUCUGACGAAGCCACGAUGAAGUUAAACUACGCUCUCGACGGAAUCAAUCAUCUCUUCCAAAUGGUGGCCAAGAACCAAAAUGAUCCGUACGGCAAUAAAGUGCUCCUGUUGGGUGGCGACUUUAGGCAGUGCUUACCAGUUGUUAGGCAUGGAAACCGGGUGAAAAUAAUCGAAUCUACCAUCAAAACCAACGAAUCUUGGCCACUCUUCCGUCAACUUCGAUUGGUGCAGAACAUGAGAACAGCAGCUGAUAGUCAAGACUAUGCCGAUUGGCUUUUAAAACUGGGAAACGGAACUUUGCUUUCGAUACCGACCCUCAACGAUCCACUCCAGAGCUCAUUGAAAUUCCGCAAGAUUUUCUCGAGUUGCCGACUAAUUUGA